GUGGCAGUUAAAGGUAAGAAAAGAAGUUGUGCUCAUUUAUAUGGCAAUGGCCACUACAACAAGAGAAUGUCUGGAACUUCAGCUUUUAGAGAUGGAGAUGCUUUUGUCAAUGUUUCCUAACAAAGAACUUGUUCUGGAAAAUGCAAAUUCUGUUUUGUAUAUACGUAGAUAUCUAGAGGGAAUUCGUGAAUCAUUACCUCCUGUUAUUGAAUUUUCAGUUUUCCUUAACAUUCAGAAUUCUGAGGUAAAGGCAGUGAUGCACGUGUCACUACCUCAAAGUUACCCUCAAGAAGAACCCCAGGUAUUUGUUAGGUCAGUGGCACUAGACAGGCAACAGCAAAACUUUCUAAACAAAGAACUAGGGUCCUAUAUCCGUUCCUUAGAUCGAGGGGAGCUGUGCAUCUCAAUGGCAGUUCAGUGGCUGCAGGACAACAUCUCCACUUACAUACAGAACUCUAAGCAGAAUGAUGAACCUGAAUGUGAAAUAAAGGCAACCACAUACACAUUUCAUCGCAUGUGGAUCUAUAGCCACCACAUAUACCGCCAGGAAUUACGAAAGAAGAUCUUAGACUAUGCCAAGAGACUAAACUUGACAGGAUUCUGUUUGACAGGAAAGCCUGGUGUCAUUUGUAUAGAAGGUGUAAAGGAGCAAUGUGAGGAAUUCUGGCGUGACAUCCGCUAUCCAAACUGGAAACAUAUAUCGUGCAAACACACAGAGAGCAAAGAAGUGACUGGGAAAAUAGACGACCUGCGGCUGUUUAAUUCUUUUGAAGAGCUGGUGUUUACUGCUCAUGGAGAUUAUGGACUUAGGAAUGACUAUCAUAUGGACCUUGGACAAUUUCUGGAGUAUCUCAAACAGCAUAACUGCGAACAUAUAUUCCAGAUAUUAUUUGGCAUUGAAGGGAAGUACUGAUUUGCUCACAAAAACUUGUAAUAUGCUUAUUAGGCAGGCAAUUUUGGUCAGAUAUAUUUAUAACACUUUCUGGCAAAGAAUAAAAAUAUGCCUCC